AGGCAAGUCUCUCUCUCCCUCUCUCUUUCUCCUCUUCGCAUUUUCGCUUAAUUUGAUUCCUAAUUCAAUUGAGAAUCAUGAAAUUUCUCUUAGUUAAGCGUUUAAAUUCAAAUUUCAUCAUCAAUAGCUUGAUUUUGUCAUUUUUAAGUGUGAUAAAGCUCGGGGAGCGAGUUUAAAUUCAGGAGCUGGCAAUACGUUAGUUUUGGUCCUACUGCAACUCAGUUAGUGCUGUUUUGAAGAGCUUGAGAAACUAACGGAUAAGGAACUGGGGAUUUGAGGAUGGCCAAUUACUAUAAUAUUGAUGACAUUCUUAUGGAGGAAGAGUUUGUUCCGGUUGUAUUCCAUAAGGCUGUUAAUGGAGUGACUAUUGAUCCCAGUUCAGAAACAAACAGUGUUGAGCAGGGUGCAAAGGUGGAACUUCCUUUCUGGCUUGCUCAGGAGUUACACUUGAGGCAAGCGCUAUCAAUAAAUGUCCCCGCCUGUUUCAACCAAAAAACAAAGCUGGAAAUCCAGGCUGAUGCUGCAUGUGUGGAUCUUAACUCCCGAUGUCCUUACUUUUAUGAAUUUGGAUGCAAGAUAGAACCAUUAGUUGGUGAUAGAACCAUAGCAAUUUUGCUCUCAACUUCCUUUAAGAUCAGAUAUAAGGAAAUACUGACCAAGGCGUACACCAUGGCUUAUGCAACAGCUUCCAAAUUCAUGUCACUUUUAACAAGAGAAGAAAAAAACUUGUAUGAGGCAGCUCAAUCCUCUAUGGUAGCUUUCAAGAAGUGGAGGAAGGGUGGCCCCAGAUUUCAGAGAGCUUCAAUUCUUGGAAGGAAGAGAAAACCGACUGAUUAGAUGGUACUUUAAACAUGAUGAUAAACUCUCCUAAUCUGGUAGUUGUUCUAGUAGCUAUUCCUCUCUUCAACAAAGUUUUAGGUGUGCGUAUGACUGAUGGACUUGCUUGUAUAGAUGUAUGUGAAAUAAUGUACCAUACAAGGGCUGCUGGGUUGAGAAAAAGACUUGGCAUUUUUCUGCCUGUCAACUUAUUUUUCUUAAAGAGCCAAAAGAGUAAAAAGAUGAGUGUUCUAGAGACUUUGCAAAGUUUGGAAGCCAGAGAGGUUGAUGUAACCAAAUGUCGAAUAAGUGGAUAUAGAAAAUAAAGUGCUUGAUUCUCUAGGAGAAAAAAUCUUGCGAUGGAAAUAAGAUAUUUUUUUCAUUUUUCAUUUCUCUAUGUUUGCAUUCGGGAUCAUUAGCUUUUUUAAACUUUUUUUUGGGAUUAAGAGGGAUAAUU